UGAAUUUCGUAUGGCACCCCCAAGUCUGUUCCUCUUUCCUUCUGACCAGCUCCACCGUCUGUGAGCUUCUGAUUGUCCUUUAUACUGGCCCCUCCUUUUAUAGGCUCAAUUCACCGUAUACCGGUUUUUCUCUUUUUUAGCUUAGUUUUAGCUCUAAUUGGCUUUUAAAAUUUAGUUUGGGCUCAGGAAAAUUUAGAAUUAGUUUUAGGGUGUCCGAAUGAUUGUUAGGUUCAGGUAGGGUUCAAAGGUCAGGGUAGGGUAGGGCAUGGUUAGGGUUAGGAUGGGUUAGUGGGUAGGGACUAUUUGUUUUAGGUAGGGCUGUAGAAACCAACAAUGAGGCGGUUCAGAACAAACCGCCAGCUGGUCGACCCCAAGGGCACGGGCUAGUUAGCAGGGCAACUGCAGGUUUAAGGGAGCCAAAUUUAAGACUUUUUAAGACCUCUUUUGCUGCCAUCUUCCGUGGCCGCAUGUCCAUGAAGGAGGUAGAUGAGCAGAUGCUGAACAUGCAGGACAAGAACAGCAGCCAUUUUGUUGAAUGGAUCCCAAACAACGUCAAGACCGCCGUCUGCGUCAUCCCUCCCAGAGGUCUCAAGAUGGCCGCCACAUUAAUCUGCAACAGCACCGCCAUUCAAGAGCUGUUCAAGCGCAUCUCUGAGCAGUUCACUGCCAUGUUCAGGCGCAAGGCUUUCCUCUAUUGGUACACAGGAGAAGGUAUGGAUGAGAUGGAGUUCACAGAGGCUGAGAGCAACAUGAAUGAUCUCGUGUCUGAGUACCAGCAGUACCAGGAUGCUACUGCUGAAGAGGAGGGAGAGUUUGAAGAAGAGGGAGAGGAGGACCUGGCCUAAAUUUGCUGUUAUGAAGUUUAAAUGUUUGUCGUAC